AUGACCGAAGUCCUCUUUUCUGCUGCUUUGAAUGGAACUGAACCCAACCUGCUCUCCAGCAGCGGCUGGUCUGUGGGAAACGCCACCACCAAGUGUUCCCUGACUAAAACCGGCUUCCAGUUCUAUUACCUGCCUACUGUCUACAUUUUGGUCUUCAUCACUGGGUUUUUGGGCAACAGCGUGGCCAUCUGGAUGUUUGUCUUCCACAUGAGGCCAUGGAGCGGCAUCUCGGUUUACAUGUUCAACUUGGCGCUGGCUGACUUCCUGUAUGUCUUGACUCUGCCUGCCCUCAUCUUUUACUACUUCAAUAAGACGGACUGGAUCUUUGGAGACAUCAUGUGCAAGCUGCAGAGGUUCAUCUUCCACGUGAACCUGUACGGCAGCAUUCUGUUCCUCACUUGCAUCAGCGUGCACAGGUACACGGGGGUGGUGCACCCCUUGAAGUCGCUGGGGAGGCUGAAGAAGAAGAACGCGGUCUACAUCAGCACCCUGGUCUGGGUGGUGGUGGUGGCUGUGAUUUCUCCCAUCCUCUUCUACUCGGGGACAGGGAUAAGGAAAAACAAAACCACCACCUGCUACGACACCACCGCCGACGACUACCUGAGAAGUUACUUCGUCUACAGCAUGUGCACCACCGUCUUCAUGUUCUGCAUCCCCUUCAUCCUGAUCCUCGGUUGCUAUGGGCUGAUUGUGAAGGCUUUGAUUAACAAGGAUUUGGACAAUUCCCCUCUCAGGAGAAAGUCGAUUUACCUGGUGAUCAUCGUGCUGACGGUCUUUGCCGUCUCCUACCUUCCCUUCCACGUGAUGAAGACCUUAAACCUAAGAGCCAGGGUGGAUUUUCAGACUCCACAAAUGUGUGCCUUCAACGAUAAGGUUUAUGCCACUUACCAAGUGACGAGAGGCCUGGCCAGCCUCAACAGCUGCGUCGACCCCAUCCUUUACUUCCUGGCAGGAGAUACCUUCCGAAGGAGGCUUUCCAGGGCCACCAGGAAGUCAUCCCGGAGGAGCGAACACAACGUGCAGUCCAAAAGCGAGGAGAUGACUCUCAAUAUUUUGUCAGAGUAUAAGCAGAACGGAGAUACCAGUUUGUGAGCAAGGAUUUGGGAGCAGCUGGGUGAAAUCCUCCGCGAGGAGACGACUCUGGGUGUUUUGUCAGAG